AUGGCCGAACGCCCGCAACAGAAGCCCACCCCCUCCGUUGCCAUCCAGCAAAGCGAUAACAUCGCCCACGCGCUGGCUGGCGCCGGAGGAGGCGUCUUGUCCAUGAUCAUGACAUACCCUCUAAUCACCCUUUCCACAAGAGCACAGGUCGAAUCCAAGCGUGCGCACUCGACCGCACUCGAUGCAGUUCGUCGGAUUGUCCAACGGGAAGGAAUAUCUGGACUCUACUCGGGACUGGAGUCCGCUCUGUUCGGAAUCAGUGUCACUAACUUUGUAUACUAUUAUUGGUAUGAGUGGACCCGGUCCGCUUUUGAGAAAGCAGCCACCCAGUCUGGCCGCGCUUCCAAGAAGCUCACAACUGUCGAGUCUAUGAUCGCGGGAGCUAUUGCGGGCAGUGCUACCGUACUCAUCACAAAUCCCAUCUGGGUCAUCAACACCCGCAUGACAGCCCGCAAGUCGGAGUCGGAGGAACAAACUCUCCCGGGGGCACCGAAGAAGGCCAAGGCCUCAACCUUCGGUACCUUGAUGGAGUUGCUACGCCAGGAAGGGCCCAAGGCCCUCUUUGCUGGUGUUCUUCCGGCAUUGAUUCUGGUGAUCAACCCAAUUCUGCAAUAUACUAUUUUCGAGCAAUUGAAGAAUGUGGUGGAGCGACGUCGCCGAAUGACUCCCAAGGAUGCUUUUUACUUGGGUGCCCUUGGCAAGAUUUUGGCCACCAGCAUCACAUACCCAUAUAUCACUAUUAAGAGCCGUAUGCAUGUGGCCAGCAAGGAUGGUCCCAAGGAGAGUCUGAAUGGAAGCCUCAAGCGGAUUAUCCAAGAGGAAGGUUGGAAGGGGCUCUACAAGGGAAUUGGUCCCAAGGUGACCCAAAGUGCCAUUACAGCUGCAUUCCUCUUCGCCUUCAAGGAUGUGCUAUAUGAUACUAUGGUGACGAUGCGCAAAAGGGGUGCCAUUCGCAAGUAG